UCCUGGCUUUAAAAAGGGGCCAUCUCCAUCUGCUCUCCAGUUCUUCUUGGAAAUGGUGCCACUGGUUGUUCUCAGCUUUUUAUUGGCCUCUGUUUCUUCUGCUGUUAUCAAGAGGGACAUUCAGAAGGAUAAUGGCGUUGACAUCUACAGCUUCCACAUUAAGUCUAUGGUCCAAAGCCGCUAUGCCAUGACUGUCAUCACCAGCAGAGUGGCUAACCUGGCCAAUGAGUCUCAAGAGCUGAACUUCCAUGUGGAAAUACCCAAAAAUGCCUUCAUCAGCAAGUUUAGCAUGACCAUUGAUGGGAAAAUCUACGAUGGGGUUGUGAAAGAGAAGGCAGAGGCUCAGCAGCAAUAUGACCAGGCUGUCCAGCGUGGCCAAAGUGCUGGACUUGUCAGUGCGGUUGGACGUACACUUGAGGAGUUCAAAACCUCAGUGACGGUAGCAGCACACAGUAAGGUGACCUUUGAACUCACCUACGAGGAGCUCCUGAAACGUCGUCUGGGGCAAUACGAGCUCCUGAUCAAAGCUAAGCCCACACAGGCGGUCAAGGAUUUCAAGAUUGAAGUGCAGAUACGUGAGCGGCAAGGGAUUCGUUUCCUGGACACCCGUGGAAAACUUGUCUCCAAUGAGCUAGCCAAGGUCACUAGGAUCUCACAGUCAGACGACGAGGCCACAGUGCAGUUUGCUCCCACAAAGCAGCAGCAAGAACAAUGCCCAGGCUGUGAGACAAAUGGACUUGAUGGUGACCUGCUCAUUGUCUAUGAUGUCAAUAGACCCAAAUCAAAGGGUGAUUUUCAGGUGCUCAAGGGAUAUUUUGUGCAUUACUUUGCCCCAACGGAUCUCCCCCGCAUCCCUAAAAAUGUGGUGUUUAUCAUCGACCAGAGUGGCUCUAUGCAUGGCAUCAAAAUUAAACAGACUCGUGAGGCUCUGCUGAAGAUCCUAGGAGAUAUCUCAGAGGAAGACCACUUUGGCCUUAUCAGCUUUGAUGAUGCCAUCUAUAAAUGGAAACCCAACCUGGUCCCAGCCACACCUGGAAACCUGGAGGCUGCACGGGCAUUUGUGAGAAAGAUAGUUGAUCGGGGAGCCACAGAUAUAAACAAUGCAGUGCUGGAAGGAGUGAGGAUGCUGAACAACCUGGCUGAGAGCCAAAAUACCAAAGACAGCAUCUCCAUUCUCAUUCUUCUCACAGACGGAGACCCCACUUCAGGUGUAACUAAUCUAGACAGUAUUCAGGCCAAUGUUAAGGAAGCCAUAGGGAAGAGGUACUCCCUUUACUGUCUGGGAUUUGGCUUUGAUGUAAAUUAUGAGUUUCUGGAGAAGAUGGCACUGCAGAACCUUGGUGUGGCCCGAAGAAUCUAUCCCGACUCAGAUGCCGAUCUACAGUUGCAGGGCUUUUAUGAGGAAGUAGCUACACCUCUACUGUUGGAUGUCCAACUGAGCUACACAGGUGUGUCCAACCUUACACAGUCCAACUUCAGUCAGUACUACAAUGGCACAGAGAUUGUAGUUGCUGGACAAAUCUCUGACAACGACUUGGAAACCCUCACAGGAACAAUCACGGCUCGUUCGAAAAACAAUGAAGUAACAUACCAAGACAUGUCAGUUAAGGAGGAGAACCUCUUGGACAUCUACAUCUUUGAGAUGUAUAUCCAGAGGCUCUGGGCAUAUCUUACAGUAAAGCAACUACUAGAGAAGGAGGUUUUGUUGGGACAGAGUGAGAAGCAGGCACUCAGAAAGCAGGCCCUCGAUCUCUCUGUUAAGUAUAGCUUUGUGACCCCACUGACCUCAAUGGUAGUUACUAAGCCAGAGGGUGAAGACUCCCAGGUGCUCCACAAACCCAAGGAGGGAAAGCCUGAGCACAGAGGAACUCAAGCCUUUCCUGCACUGAUUGGAGCUGCAGGACUACCAGGACAUCCUCUACAUAAUGUACAAGCAGGGCAUCCUGGAUAUCAUGAUGAAGCUGAAGACUCACAAUUUCACAGUGUCAUAUUACCAAUACAUCCUACCAAUGGAGGACCUCAACCAGUGAAGGAUGUGGUUGAUCUACGGAUCCUGCAGCCCACGGCGGGUCACAGCAAUCAGCUCUGCUUUGAUGUGCAAGUUUCUCAGAAGCAAAAUUACAAGCUGCUAGACGAUCAGACCACAGACCUCUUGGUUGUGGGCCAGGUGAACAGUGAAGCCAAGAAGGGCUUUCAGCAGAUCAGCAUUCGCUCCAAAGCCUGGGGCAGCGUCACUGUGGAUACUACAAAAAUUGUCCUCAUCCAGGGACAGAAGAAUGAAGAUUUUUCUUGGACACCGUUCUCCUUCAGCAAUGCAUUGAACGGGCUGUCACUGAACAUGCAAGACGGGGUGCUAACGGUGGAGGUUGGGGAGACCAGAAUGGACAUCCUGCUCCACAGUGAUGGGCAAAAUAGCUUCCUAUGGCCAGCUGUAAAAAAACGCCCCCCAGGUAGCACAGCAAUGGGGAUACUAGGACAGUUCCUUGUUUCGUAUGAAGAGAAGCAGGUGAUACCAACAGGUAUACUGGAAAUCCAAGACAAAGAGGUUCCUGCAUCCAGGGAGACGGCAGUGAACUAUAAUGACCCCAACAAACCGAGAGUGGACUGCUGGCUGGUGCCUUACCAGUCUGUUUUGGGGGUGAACCUCUCUGAGCUAACUGUGGUUCAGACAUAGGUUCAGCAUCCUGAGACUCCUUUCAGACAGUUCAAAUUACAUUAAGCUGUUUUCUUGGACAAUACUUCUGUGUCAUUAUGAUCAAGUCAUUAAAUAACAU